AUGACCCUUCAGUGCUCGUGCCUCGAUGACAUCGAAGGCCUCAUCGGCGGCGGUGUUUGUGACUAUCCCUGCACAGACUACCCUUCUCUGCUCUGUGGAGGCUACGGCACCAUAAGUAUGUACGAGCACGACGUGGACACGGACCCCGAAGACGUGGACACGGAACCCGAGGAUCCCUCCUGCCGAGGGUGCUACUCUGACUCAGCCGAAAACCGUAUUUUCGUGCCGGUGGGUUCCUCUGACGACAUGGCGGCAGAGUACUCGACCGAGGUUGCCGCCCGCUGCUGA